AUGCCUUCCCUCAGCAACCUCGUCAGCCUCGCUGCUGCCGCCGCCGUCUCCGUCUCGGCCGCCGUCCUCCCUCGUGAUGGCACCGUUUCCAUCACCCCCCACGAGCAAUACUCGUCUUCUGUCGGCGUCCUCGGCUGCCUCAUCAACACCAACCGUGUUGCCUACUGGCCCAGCUCCGUUGACUGCAACAACAUCUGCGUCAAGCUCACGUACAAGGGCCAAAGCAUCAACGUCCUUAAGAUCGAUCAAUCCGGCGGAGCCUACGACAUCUCCUACGAUGCCUGGAACCAGCUCCUCUACGGCAAGCCUGCCACCCAGGAGCCCCACGUGGGCGGUGGUACCAGUGUCCAGUGGCAGUACGUCGACAACAGCCAAUGCAACAGCCUCCUUCACAACGGAAAGCUGCCCCUGUCUGCUUCCAACAGCAUCAACUAUGUUGCCGGCUGCCUUAACCAGCCCAACUCGUGGGUUGCCAAGAACUACGAGCUCAUCAACAUUCUUGAUCCCGUGUGCCACUACGGAAUCAAUGAGGUUUGCAAGCUCAACCUCCAAGUGAGCAACCAGCCUACCUGCCCUCACACUCUUGGUGUCAAUUCAGCCAGCGGACUGGUUGUCCACAACAUCCAAUACGGCACUGGCAAGGUUGUCGUGGCUCCCUAA